UGUCAGUUUAGGAUUUUUGUCCAUUUCUGCUUUUGGAGAUUGAAUAGACAGAGAGAGAGUGGCAGCGGGCAUGGCGACGACGUCGGUUGAUUCUCCAAACACUGAGAUGGACACCAACACUGAGCUCGAUACCAAUCCAAACCCUAAUUCGAACCCUAAUUCUUCGAACUCAUUAGUCCCUGCGUCCCCCAAUGCCCCUGCUGUCUGCCUCCUCAGGUUCGCCGGAGACUCCGCUGGCGGCGCGUUCAUGGGCUCCGUUUUUGGAUAUGGUGCGGGGUUGGUCAAGAAAAAAGGCUUUAAAGGAUCCUUUGGAGAGGCAGGAUCUUAUGCUAAGACAUUUGCAGUUUUGUCCGGAGUGCACAGUUUGGUUGUCUGCAUUUUAAAGAGGCUGCGAGGAAAGGAUGAUGUUAUUAAUGCUGGAGUAGCUGGCUGUUGCACUGGUCUUGCUCUUAGUUUUCCAGGUGCACCGCAGGCUCUUCUACAAAGCUGUCUCACUUUUGGGGCAUUCUCAUUUGUUAUUGAAGGCCUAAACAAGCAGCAGCCAGCUUUAGCGCAACCAUUUUCUGUGAGGAAGAAAAGUGAGCAAGUCUCUCCCCUGGUCCUCCCCCUUCAACUUUCACUUCCGGGCGAACUAAAAGCAGGUUUCACUUCCUUUUGCAAUUCCUUGAAGAAUCGCAAGAAAGGCAGUUCUCACACAGCCUAGAAAUUUUGUCUCAUCAUUGCUUUUUAUGCUUUUCGGUCUUCGAUCAAGUGGUCCUCUUUCUCUACCAUUUUUUUUCCUUAGUAUGACGGGGUAUCAUGUGCUAUGUAAAUUUUUUUAGUUGAAAUUCUGGAUGCAAGUUAUGAAUUUGGUUCUUCGUAAAAAAAAUCUGUUGGAUCAUUUUGCACAUA